CUGCCGACGAGCUUCGGGAUUGGUCCAUACCAGACGUCCAGGAUAUCACCGCCAUAAUGAGUGCAGGAAAUCAGGAUGCGAAGCUCUUUGCUAGAGUGAGUCUCUCCAAACUCUAUCUCACCAGUCGCCAUGUUUGCACCCCUCUUUCUACACGAUCCAUACUUACCGGCGCAUCGCUCUCAACAGGGCAAAGUCGCCGAACUACGACAAGAACUACAAGCCACCGGAGGAAAGAAGGACAAGGGUCACCUCGGCAAGAAGAUUGCUCUCAAGAAGAUCGUUGCCAACAUGACCAUGAGCAACAACGAUAUGAUCGCCCUGUUCCCCGAUGUCAUCCAAGUCAUGGGCCUCGCCAGUCUGGAAAUCAAGAAGAUGUGCUUCCUAUACCUUGUGCACUAUGCGAGGAUAAAACCCGAGAUUGCUCUCAAGGCUUUGCCGCAUCUUGUUCAAGACAUGGAAGACACAAACCCUCUAGUACGAGCCCUCGCCCUACGAACAAUGUCGUAUAUACACGUCCGAGAAUUUGUCGAAGCCGCCGUUACCCCCACCAAACACCUGCUAAGAGACGCCGAUCCCUAUGUCCGCAAAACCGCUUGUUUCUGUGUCGCCAAACUUUACGACCACGACAAGACUCUGGUCGAGAACUCGGAUUUGAUCACUGGACUGAACAACAUGCUGAGAGAUGAAAAUCCGACUGUCGUUUCCAGCGCAUUGGCUUCUUUGACAGACAUCUGGGAGAGAAGCGAGUCCAUCAAGCUCACCAUUGACUACAACAGUGCCUCAAAGAUUGCUUCUAUCCUUGCAGAGACAUCCGAAUGGAACCAGACGUACAUCCUAGAAGCCCUCAUGAACUUUGUUCCGCAAGACUCUGGCCAGGCUUCAAUGUUGGCCGAGCGCAUCACUCCUCGCCUUUCACACACAAACUCCGCAGUUGUGCUAGGAUGUAUUCGUCUCAUUCUCUACCUCAUGAACUACAUUGCAGAUGAGAAGAUCAUCACAGCUUUGAUGAACAAACUAUCCCCGCCGCUUGUGACGUUACUCUCCAAGGGCCAUGAGAUUCAAUACCUGGCCUUGCGAAACGCCCUUCUCAUCUUGCAAAGGAGACCGGACAUUCUGAAGAACGACAUCCGCGUUUUCUUCUGCAAGUACAAUGACCCUAUCUACGUCAAGGUCACCAAGCUCGAACUCAUCUUCAUGCUUGCCACUCAGGACAAUAUCAAAGAAGUUUUGGCAGAGCUGAGAGAGUACGCGACCGAAAUUGACAUUCACUUCGUACGAAAGUCAGUGCGCGCUAUCGGAAAGCUGGCCAUCAAGAUCGAACCUGCGGCAAGACUUUGCAUCAACACACUCUUGGAACUUGUCGCGACCAAGGUUUCAUACAUUGUGCAAGAAGCGACGGUAGUCAUUCGCAACAUCUUCCGCAAAUACCCGAACCAGUACGAAUCGAUUAUCAGCACGCUAUGUGAGAACCUGGACUCUUUGGACGAACCCGAGGCAAAGGCUGCCAUGAUCUGGAUCAUUGGACAAUACGCAGACAGAAUUGACAACAGUGAUGUUCUUCUGGACGACUUCUUGUACACGUUUGCCGACGAGCCUCACGAGGUGCAGCUGGCUCUUCUGACAGCAACGGUCAAGUUGUUUAUUCAAAGACCAAAGAAGGGACAAGAGCUUGUACCAAAGGUCUUGAAGUGGGCCACCGAAGAGACAGAUAACCCCGAUCUUCGAGAUCGAGGAUACAUGUACUGGCGUCUGCUAUCUUCAGACCCAGUAGCGGCAAAGCAAGUUGUGAUGGGAGAGAAGCCUCCAAUCACAGCAGAGACGGAAAAACUGGAUCCAUUCACCUUGCAAGAAAUGUGCUUGGUGGUUGGAUCUCUUGCGACCAUCUAUCUGAAGCCCAUCAAGUCUGUGUUCCGCUCUGCUCGACCACGCAUUGUUCCAGAAAGUCCGGCACUCCAGAAGCACAGACUUCCCAGUCACCAGGCCAUGUUGGAUGCACAAAAGCACUGGAAAGACAUGACUUCGAUGAGCGGAGGACAGCCACGACAGAAUGGCAACGCUGCUAACGGCGACCUUGCAGCAGCUGUCGACGCAGCAGACAUGUACUUCUCCAACAUUGGCACUCAGCAGAUGGCAAACAUGAGUCUGAACGACGAUGGAUAUGCCACUUCACCGAUUACAGCAGGAGGGGCUCAGACCAUGUUCGUUGUGAAUCAGAACCAACCACAGCAAGUCUAUCAGCCUACUGUAGGCAAUGGUAAUGGCGACCUUUUGAGCUUCUAGAUAAUGACAUAGAAUAAGCAUUGUCAUGUUUAAUGUACAUAUUUUUCAAUCCUCGUAUGGUUUCGCUCUUGCU